UUAACCCAGGUUUUUAGGGAUGAAAACGACAGGACGGAGGGAGGAAGCUCCUCUGACGAAGGAACGGAGAAGUUCAGACCCAGCCAGGGGAAAAUUAGCAUUGUAGAGGAAGAGUGUGAUGCUCCUUUAUGCCAUAGAAAGGCAACACGCACUAUCGUCACUGAAGAUGAUGAUGGAGAAUCAGAAAAUACCUACAAUGCCUGUGAAAGACAUGCAGGUAGAAAGUCCUUCAAUGGCCAGAAAGUGCUGAAAGAAUAUGAAGGCAUACCAAACGAUACAGAUGAAGAAGAAGGACAGGCUAACACAGGAACCAUCGUGAAUAAGCCUACAGAAACUACAGGUGAGUGCAUCCCAGUAGUUGAAGUUCCCACACUUGAAUCUAUGAGCUUCGCCUGUGAAAUCGAAAAUUGCCCCAAGCAAGCAAACUACGAAUCAAACAUAGACACAGGAAAAGGACUAAAGGUUAUCAGAACCUGUGCUGACCAUGCAAAUGAACAAGCAGUUGGCAAAGGUCCUUUCGAGGAUAUUACACUAAUUAACUCAGACGGAAUGUCAGAGUAUUCUUUAUCCUCCCUCCAUACCAGCGAUCUAGAUGCAGACAAACGAGUAAAGAAAGCAAUCAGGGAAAUCCUGCCUGCAAUUACCCCAGCAGUAAAAGGACAGAGGAAAAGCAGAACCAGAAGCCUCUCCUCCCCCUAUGCCUUAACUACUUCAAACAAACAGAAAGACACUCCAUCCUCUCAAGUAGGGAAAAACGCUACGGCCUCAGAGGAGAUUCUUGGAUCAGCAGACAGUGUAACAGUAAAGGAUAUGGGGGAUGUCGAACUAUCCGAAAACAUGAUCGACAAUGCUACACAACCAGAUCAGGAAGUAGCACAGAAAUCCCUUGCAGAUGCAAAUCCAGAUAUUACAAUGAUCGACAGCACCGAUGAGGAGGAUGGAUACUUCCCCUCGGUAAUGAUUCCAAAAGGGGAAAACCUUUCAGAAUUCCCGAACAACCCUAAUUCGUCCAAUGCUGUACACCUGUACAUAGAUGAUGCCCGCUUUGGCUUAGCUUUGGACUGGAAAGUCCGUGAU